UACAAGAAGAACAAGAAUAGUUACCUCAUCCGGUCAUGUCACACUUGUUGUUUAUAGAUUUUUCUCCCACACCAGAUGUCUGGACCCUGGACAGAUAACAGAAGAAGGAGAGAGGGACCCUAGGAGGUACGUAAAGGAGUUGAUGAAAUCCUGUUAAGACAGACAAUCAGAUGGUAUGGCCUCUGAGGACCCCCAAGACCAACUGGAUGAGGCUAUUAAAAUGGCAGAACGCCUUGCUGAGGAGCUCAACCCAGAGAAGGACCCACAAGCCCAACUGGACGAGGCCAUUAAUGAGGCAAAAAGACUGGCUGAGAAGCUCAACCCAGAAGACGAGUACCAGUGGAUUGGAAUCCACUCCAGUUUAAACAUUGAUGAAGAAAUAUCAAUACUUCAUAGAGAAAUUAACAUCCUCCUAGCUGACUUAGAAGACCCUGAGUGUUCAAAUCCUGCMGUGCCUGGUGCAUCACACAGUUGGAGUGUGAGGAAGGAACUCUCACAGGAUAGGUGGAGGGAGUCCAGGCCUGAGAUUGUAGAUUCUCUGCUGGCUGCAGAGCAUGCUUCUCAGWAGAUCUGUCAGUCAUGCAAUGUGAAAAGGGCUAUUCUGCGAUGUAGAGACUGURUGCRGAAACAGCUUUACUGCGAAGACUGCGAUGUCUCUACACAUGCAAAGUUCCCCCUGCACAACAGAGAGUCCAUGAUCGAGGGGUUCUACACGCCCCUUCCUCCAACUACAGCCAUAUCCCUCCACAGUGAUGGGAAAUAUGCACUUCAUGAACAGGAUUGUUUCUUACCAUUGGAUGUACCAGAGGUGAUAUGUGGUUGCCUGACAAGCACCAUCCAUGUUGGCCCUGGGAAACAUAUCAUCCUCGUAGGAAUAAAUGGUCGCUACAAUGUCACAGUGCCUGUGCUUACCUGCACAACUUGUCUUAGCACCUGGACAGCAAACUUGGCAGAUCUGAUAAAGAAUGGGUACUGGCCUGCCACUGUCAACUGUGACACCAUAUACCAGGUAGAUCUGUUCAGCUCUUUUGAGGAGCUGAAAGUGUCAGCCCCAGGAAUGUCCCGUCUGGCGUUUAUGCGGAUUUUGGAGCAGCGAACUGACUACUUUGGCAGGAACGGAAUGAUCUGUGGGGACACUUUUCAAAAAAGCUUCUUUGAGUGGACGGAGGAGACCCAGACUCUCGAAAAGUUUAAGAGUGAUUUGGGUGUAGGCGAUGAGACUCUGUACAACUGGACAACGGAAGUUCAGCAAUGGGCUAAUACAGAGGAAACAAAUAUGAACAUGGAUGGUCCUCAGGUACUACAGAGAACAAUUGAAGUCCUGUUUCUUAGCAUCAAACAAAGGAAACGGAACCUCUACCGUCAGACAGAUGGAUGCAAGAAAAGACACCCUCUGCGCAGAAAGAUAUUGGAAGAAAAGGCCAAAUUGACAGCUGCCAUAGAGGAGUACAACACCCWUGUACCAGYUUCAGCAAUACCAUCUGCAGAUGAGAUCCUUUCCGCAGACCUUCAUGCAUGGCCUUGGGAGCUGCAUGGACAAACUGACCUACUGACAAAGAAAAUAGCCUUUGACCGGGUGAUGCUCCUGAGACGGCUGAAGGAGGAAGAGUUAAUUGUCCUAAAGGAAGUCAAGCAGCACUGGGAAAGCCUAAAGAGGGAAUCACAGAAUGUGCAAGACCUUGCUUCACAUGUGGCACUUGACCUAAGCAGGCAAAGCUGCCAAUUGAAUCAGUCGGAAGCUGGGAGCAGAGGRCUCUUCUCCAUGCUUCAGAGGAGAGUCAGCAGCCUCAGAAGACACCAGGACUCUGUCAAACUGAUAUACAGCAAAGCUAUGGGCCAAGACACCMCCCUCCUAGAAGAUAACUUCAUAGAUGACCUCCUGGAAGAGGACCUAGAUGACAUCUAUGACAGCGUCCACUACAGCUCUGAUGACGAGGAAUCUAUCACAGACUGAAGGUGUUCAUUUGGGUGGGUGCAGUUUGCACUGGGUGAAAAGUGAUUCCAUUUGUUUUGCAUAUGUGCUUUUUAUGCCUUCCUAAGGAAAAAUAGUUUGAACAUUUUAUGGAAAAUA